CAGCUGUCUGGACGCUUUCAGGCGGCAGCGUGCUCCCCCCGUUGUGUGGCCAUUCUGGACAGGAAGUUGGUAGCUGAGGGCCGUUCCCCCCAGCACAUGAUUCGGGACUCCAACGUUGUGACAUGGAUGAGUCUUCAGUGACACUUGGCACGAUAGACGUUUCUUAUCUGCCCAAUUCAUCAGAGUACAGCCUCGGCCGAUGUAAACACGCAACUGAGGAUUGGGGUGACUGUGGAUUCAAAACUACCUUCUUCAGAUCUGCAACGUUAAAAUGGAAGGAGAGCCUCAUGAGCCGGAAGAGGCCCUUCGUGGGAAGGUGCUGUUAUUCCUGCACACCACAGAGCUGGGAAAGAUUUUUCAACCCCAGUAUCCCAUCUCUGGGUUUGCGGAAUGUUAUUUAUAUCAAUGAAACUCACACAAGGCACCGAGGAUGGCUGGCAAGACGACUUUCUUACAUCCUUUUUGUUCAAGAGCGGGAUGUCCAUAAGGGCAUGUUUGCCACCAGUGUCACUGAAAACGUUCUGAACAGCAGCAGAGUCCAGGAGGCCAUUGCUGAAGUGGCUGCUGAGAUGAACCCGGAUGGAUCUGCCCAGCAACAGUCUAAAGCCAUCCAGAAAGUGAAAAAGAAAGCCCGGAAGAUCCUGCAGGAAAUGGUUGCUACUGUCUCCCCAGGCAUGAUCAGGCUGACUGGCUGGGUGCUGCUAAAGCUCUUCAACAGCUUCUUCUGGAACAUUCAGAUUCACAAGGGUCAGCUCGAGAUGGUCAAAGCUGCAACAGAGACGAACCUGCCGCUCCUGUUUCUGCCGGUGCACAGAUCCCACAUCGACUACCUGCUGCUCACCUUCAUCCUCUUCUGCCACAACAUCAAGGCUCCGUACAUCGCGUCGGGCAAUAACCUCAACAUCCCCAUCUUCAGUACGCUGAUUCACAAGCUUGGGGGCUUCUUCAUCCGAAGGCGGCUCGACGAGACCCCCGAUGGACGAAAAGACGUUCUCUACAGAGCGCUGCUUCAUGGGCAUGUAGUUGAACUACUCCGGCAGCAGCAGUUCCUGGAGAUCUUCCUGGAAGGCACCCGUUCCCGGAGCGGGAAGACCUCGUGUGCUCGGGCAGGGCUGUUGUCAGUGGUAGUGGACACUCUGUCCUCCAACACCAUCCCUGACAUCCUUGUCAUCCCUGUGGGCAUCUCCUACGAUCGCAUAAUUGAAGGUCACUACAAUGGGGAACAGCUGGGCAAGCCCAAGAAGAAUGAGAGUUUGUGGAGUGUGGCGAGAGGGGUUAUCAGAAUGCUGCGGAAAAACUACGGCUAUGUCAGAGUGGAUUUUGCACAACCGUUUUCCUUGAAGGAAUACUUAGAAAGCCAAAGUCAGAAGCCAACGUCCGCUCCCCUUUCUCUGGAGCAAGCUCUGCUACCAGCCAUUCUUCCUGCAAGGCCUAAUGAUGCUGCUGAAAGUGAAGACACGUCCAGCAAUGAGCCCAGAAACACAGCAGAUGAGGCCUUCCGAAGACGGCUGAUUGCAAACCUGGGCGAGCACAUUCUCUUCACUGCUAGCAAGUCCUGCGCCAUCAUGUCCACUCACAUUGUGGCCUGCCUGCUUCUCUACAGACACCGGCAGGGAAUCCACCUCUCCACAUUAGUGGAAGACUUCUUCGUGAUGAAGGAGGAAGUCCUAGCUCGUGACUUUGACCUGGGAUUCUCAGGGAAUUCAGAAGAUGUAGUCAUGCAUGCUAUCCAGCUUCUGGGAAACUGUGUCACAAUCACCCACACUAGCAGGAAAGACGAAUUUUUUAUUACCCCCAGCACAACUGUCCCAUCGGUCUUUGAACUCAACUUCUACAGCAAUGGGGUUCUUCAUGUCUUUAUCAUGGAAGCCAUCAUAGCCUGCAGCCUGUAUGCAGUUCUGAAUAAGAGGGGCUCAGGAGCCUCUGCGGGUGGCCCUGGUAGCUUCAUCAGUCAGGAGCAGCUGGUACGGAAGGCAGCCAGCCUGUGUUAUCUUCUUUCCAACGAAGGCACCAUCUCGCUGCCCUGCCAGACUUUUCACCAAGUUUGUCACGAGACAGUAGGAAAGUUCAUCCAGUAUGGCGUUCUUACAGUGGCAGAGCAAGAUGACCAAGAAGAUGUCAGUCCUGGUCUUGCAGAGCAACACUGGGACAAGAAGCUUCCAGAACCUCUGAAUUGGAGAAGUGAUGAAGAAGAUGAAGACAGUGAUUUUGGUGAGGAGCAGCGAGAUUGCUAUCUGAAGGUGAGCCAAUCCAAGGAGCACCAGCAAUUCAUCACCUUUCUUCAGAGACUCCUGGGGCCCUUGCUAGAGGCCUACAGCUCUGCUGCCAUCUUUGUCCACAACUUCAGUGGUCCAGUUCCCGAGACUGAGUAUCUGCAGAAGCUGCACAGAUACCUUAUCACCAGGACAGAGAGGAACGUCGCCGUGUACGCUGAGAGUGCCACUUACUGUCUUGUGAAGAACGCUGUGAAAAUGUUUAAGGAUAUCGGGGUUUUCAAAGAGACCAAACGAAAAAGAGUCUCUGUUUUAGAACUGAGUGGUACUUUCCUACCUCAGUGCAACCGGCAGAAACUCCUGGAGUAUAUUCUGAGUUUUGUGGUGCUGUAGGGAUCUCUUGGCACCUAUGGCGAGGGAGGAGCUGUAGAGGAGUCUGACCCAGAGUGGCAGGUGUCGUGGUGUGACCCAGCCUGCCUUACCCCGAGGAGACCUCCAGGAAGAUGCGUGCCUUCUGCCCACCCCAUGGACCUGCGCUCCUCCCAACACAGUCACAGUGGCCUGUGCAGAGCACUUGGGGCCGGUGCCAUCUGUGAUUCAUGAUCACUAGGUUACUAGGUGAAAUCUCAGUAAGUUAUUUUGGAGUUGAUUAAAGAUUCACUUUUAAGUUUGACUUUUAAGGACUAGUUACUGCGAUGGACAUAGAGGUGUAUGUAGAACUGACUCUUGUGUAGUGUGUAAUAACGCUUCCUUUAAAACAAACGGGUCAUCCAUUCUCUGUCUCCAUCUUCUCGCUGUCAACAGAGCUGUGGUUGUGUGGGAGCCCUUACUUCUCAAGUGCUUUACUAAGGAGUGACUCUGCCCUGGGCUGGCAAUCUCCCAGUGUGUUUGAAUAGCUGCCUGAAAGCAGAGGAUACUGUGUAGAGCAGGAGGUGAGACACUGUGACAAAGGGCCUGUGUCAGGAGUGACUAUGGUUGGCAAGGGUAAAGCUGCACUUGACUAGGAAAGUGGCACUGGAGGUUUCGCUCACGUGACCAAGUGCCAUUGCGUUGUAAUGCCCAGCAAGUGUUUAGAAUUGCCCGCUGUUUGGUGGCUGUACCCUCCCUGCCCUUUAAGGGCAGGUGUCUGCUGCUGCUUAGGGCCCUCCAGCCAGUUGGCUUCUGUGCUGCUCGAUAGCUCAGCUGGAGGGCCUGCUGGCCUGUGGCACACUGCUGCACCCAAGUCUGGAUGACCAGCACUCAAAUGGCGCACUGUGCAGCCUGUGUGGCAUGCACAAGUGACCCUACAGAGUGGUGGAUGGUUAGAGGCCUUUGUGGAUUUUAAGCUCUGAGAAGGAUCCUUGGUUCCUUAGACAUUUAUAUGGGCUACAUACCCAAACUCCAUUGCCGCUUGAAGGCAAAUAAUUAUGAAAUUUUUUUGUUUUCUAUGGGUAGGUGCCUUUUUGUGAGAAAGGAGCAUAAUUGUUAAUUAUUUGUGGUAGUUAUGGCAGUUUCUUAAUGAUCAUGUGACAGUACAAUUUCUAACAAUCUGUUGUCCAUAUCGCCAUCAUUUUAUGGAAUUUUUCUGCUGAGUGUUCCAUAGAUUAUUUGAAUUUAUAAAGUAUUAGGGAUGACGUUUGUACUUUCCUGACUUGAAUUUUAAACACUAAUAGUAUCCAGUGAGAGAUGUGUAUGCUUGGCGAGGGUAGGGUCCUGCCUGGCGUCCUACAGUGCAUGAAAUGGCUGGUUUGGAGCUCAUCGCGAUAAUGCUGUGCUCUGGUGGCUUUCCACCCUUCCCAGCUGUGCAUGCCAGAUCCCCCUUUCCUCUGCAUCAGUUCACUGUCAAUUGUAGCAACUUGGGUGUGGAGUGAGCUGUUCACCUUUUAGCCUUCUGUAUUGAUAACGAGGGCCUUCCCUUGGCUGUACUUGGGGAUGCCCAGGGAGUCUGGCUUACUCCCUUGGGACACCCUUCUGGGGACUCAAGCAUUGUGUUAGUCUUUCUUUCUCCUUUACCCUCUGAAUGGAAACUGAAGGUGGCUCCCUCUGUCAGGUGGCUGCAAAGCCGUGGACCUGACCUCCCUGCCUAUCACCUGCAAAUAAUGGCUGCCUCUGCAGCCUGCGCAGAGAAGCGUGCCCUUCAUUUGCUGUGCUUUCCCUUUUGUCCGGUUCAUUUUAGGGACUGCAGUUCACUUGCUGUUGCCAGACACUUAGCUCACUGUGAGGACAAGUCCGCAUGCUUUUUGUAAUUAACUGGUGCUUUGAGACCAAAUCUCAACCAAAGUUAUGCGCAUCCCUACAAGCUGACCCUUGAGUUAAUUUAGCACAACUCAUUCUUCAGUGCCUCGUUAGGAAGAGGGAAAAGUGGAAGUCUUGCAGGGAGCCUGCUCGCUAAUAGAGACAGUCCCUCCUUUCCAGCAGUGGGCAGCGUCCUCAGAAUUAAACUAACUAGGUGCUUGUAUAUAACUUAUUACAGUUUACUCUGCUGCAUUUCUGUCAGACCGAAAUGCAUGCCCUUCAGGGGAAGACUGUGAGACAAGUUUAAAUAAACAAAUAAAAGCCUAAUAAUAAGCAAUAUGAAGCUGCACUCUGUUUUCAAAUGAGGCUAACCCAAGUAACUCAGAGAGGGGAAGGCUAUUUGCUUUUCUAAUCCUGAGGAAAAUGAAGGCAAAAACAAAUGUUAGGUGAGCACACCCAGGAAUACGCUGUAUCCUUCUGGACUCUGUUAACCCUGGGAACUCAUGAGGGUGGGCGCAGACAUUAGAUCUGCUUAGGCAGUGAAGGGAAGCUCAGAUGGGGAUUUCCUGUGCUGGUGUCUGUGUCAGGUGGCUGCUCUGAGAUGGGUUUCUGGGUUUGGGCAUACAGCACAUUGCAGUGCUGUUGCAUUCUGCAGUGCACAAGCCUGCUGAACCUGGAAUUUCCCCAGCUGCUUUGACCUCAGGACCUUCUCCCCUCUGCACUCACUGCAUGCCAUGGAAAACAUUGUGGGAAAUUGCAUCAGUUAGUUCCUUGAGCAGACCCAGAUGGUCACAGACAGUGGCGCUGAGGCAGAAUUUGCAUGCUUUUGUAUAGUCCCUGAUGCAGCCAGUGAACGUUAUUUUUCCUUGCUGGAAAGAGUCAGCACAGGACAUUGGCUGGAGCGCUUUCCUUUGGUGGAAAUCAGCUACCCACGGCCCUGGCCUUUUAAAACUGAAAGUAGCAGAAUUAAUACAAGGAUUAAUUGGGGUAAAUAAUGAAGGUUUUAAUUUAGAUCUAGAAGAAAACACUGCACAAUCGAAUGCAGAUUUUUAUCCACAGACAACUGUAGUGUUUUGCAAUGAUAAACCCUAUCUUUGAAGUUUAUAAGACUUACUAUGGGAUGUAAAUCUGUUUUUUAAAAACACUUUUUAGGAGCUUGAGAGUUGCCAUCUGGCAUUUAGUUUAGUACAACCAAUGACUGCUUCUAGAGGCUCUUGACCUUACUUCCCUUCAGCUAAAGGGCUAACCGUCUCUGUGAGGUGUUUGUUACAGUAUUUGCCCAUUGUACAGCGUAUACUAGAUUGUUGUAAAAAGAAUUGCUACUGUAGAAUAGCACUGUAUGAUUUUAUGAGCGACACUGCUUUGAAAAUGUUGGCUGGUUUUUAUGCCUGAUGAUGGUGUAUCCUGAGAAGCAUGGAAAUGGAGUUUUGUUUUAAUAAAUCAGAAAAAAAAACAA